GAGUCCGUUGCCAAAGCAACAAGUAAACGAAACAAACCUUGUAGUGGCUGGUCGUGAGGACACCUGUAGCUGAUUGACCUGUGAACCGCCUGCACUCGCUUAUGGGCAAGAAGCGAGUCCUCAUGUUUCCCUUAACGAUCAAUUAGAGGAGAAAACAUGGACGAAGAAAAAUACGCGUUUGAGCAGACUUUUUCUUUUAACGCUCUUCACACUAAGACGUUUUCUUUCCUACAGGACAAAGACACCUUGGCAUGGUUGAUGAAAUGGUGACGUAAGAAGGUCCAUGCUGGGGAGGAUUUCCGCUCAGUCGUUCAGUUUUGACCACAGUUUCUCCCCUUACAGUAGUGAAAGGUUUGCUCUGUGUUUCUUCAGAGACCCUGAGGUGCUGUCUAGCCUGAGAAAGAUGGAGGCUGGAGUCUGGAUGCCUCUUGACAAGCCGGUGGUGUCUGUCAGUGUGGAGCCCACGCCUUGCACUAAGGUCUCCAUGGAGCUGUUUGAUCCAAUUUAUUCUUGCGGCAUCUUGAGGCCCACAGGGCAUGUAGUUAAAUGCUUUCAUGAUGUCUACCCUGACUAUGAUGAACUCCGACAGAUGUUGCAGGACGAGGAGUCUGAGCACUACUAUAUGGUUGGGAGGAAGGAGAGGGGAGAGUUUCUGUUUAGCCUCUUCAAGCACCUGUGUCUUGGGGGUGAGCUCUGUCAGUAUGAAGACACCAUUGAUCCUUACAUCAACACCACAAAGCAAAUAUACAAAGAUCUGAUCAGUGUGCAGAAGGACCCAGAGACGAAAAAGAUCAGCGUUGUCUCCAAAGUGAUCAAAGUUUGUGCCUUUGACGAGUCUGGCCGAUGUUUCCCUGGGACGCAAGAGGAGGAGCAGACAUUUGCCUAUUUGAUUGUCGACCCUUAUAAACGUCACGUGACUUUGUUCUGUCACUUCUACGGUGUGGGCAACUUCACAGUGUGACAGCAAAGAACUGGAAAUAGAAAACCUGCUGAUUUCCUGCUGCUCACCAUGUAUGCAUAAUAGACUGUAUAUAAAAGAUGGGCAUCUCCUAUGGGUCUGGAAAGUAAAGCAAAUGUUAAAGUGCCUUGACCCUGCAUUCUCGGCCAGGAGGGGGCAAUUGUAUAGAAGCCAGUGACCAAGCAAAUACUACUGUUGCAUUCAUUUAUGACCUCACGAAAAUCUUCCAUGGUGACUUUAUAGUAACAAUUUCUACUUUUAAGCUUUAUUGAAUACAGCAUGAUUUCCAUUUUGUAAAUUAAGGUCCUAUUUAAAAAAAAAAAAAAAAAAGACUAUAUAUUUUUAGGUAAAGUCUCCAACAGCAAGAUGGUGACAGUCAAAAUGCUCAAAACAGGAGUCCACAAAUCAGUGGAUGACAUCACUGGAGGCUACAGCCAUCUUUUAUAUACAGGCUAUCAUACAUUUUCAGUUUUCUUCCUAUGAGGAAAGCAGCUGAAGACCAGUUCCCUGUUUUGAGUGUAAACUGUGCAAUAAAAUGUUUUAAUCCUGUCACAUAUAAAUUACUAAAAGCGUGUCAUUGACUGCAGCUGAAUGUUUGGAGAUAAACAUUUAAAUAAAGAUGUCAAUAUUUUAAA